GCACUCGAAUCCGCUGCUCAACAACUUGCACCCAGCUCGCCUAAUUCUCUUGCCAAAUCUCCCGAUUCAUCCUUCUAAUUACAAACUCUCCUCAACUUCUCUUCCCGUUCGCCAGUGUUUCCUUGCUCUGUUUCUUUGUUUGUGUGUCUUGGUUUCUUGAUCCAAAAACAAGGCAUGGCGACGACGGUGGAUUGGCCCAGCUAUAGGUCCGAUCUUAAUGCCGCGAUGUAUCACAUGGCGGCGAGCAGCAGAGACCAGGUAGUAAUGCCGGCGCCUGCUCAGCCGAUGCCGCAAGGCGCAGCUCCGACCAUCUCCUUCACAUACCCGUGCACCGGCACGGAGCAGAGCGCGAGCUUCCUUCGUGGCGCCAGCUACCUCACUCCCGCGCAAAUCCUCCAGCUCCAGUCGCAGCUGCACCACGUGCGCCGGGCACCAGCAGCCGCCAUGGCCGCGGUCGGACAGCCAAUGAAGCGGCACGGCGUGGCAGCGAUCCCGGCGCGGCCGGCGGCCAAGCUGUACCGCGGCGUGCGGCAGCGGCAUUGGGGCAAGUGGGUCGCCGAGAUCCGCCUGCCGCGCAACCGCACCCGCCUCUGGCUCGGCACCUUCGACACCGCCGAGGAGGCCGCGCUGGCCUACGACGCCGCCGCGUUCCGGCUCCGCGGCGACUCCGCCAGGCUCAACUUCCCGGACCUCAGGCGCGGCGGCGAGCACCACGGCCCGCCGCUCCACGCCGCGAUCGACGCCAAGCUCCACGCCAUCUGCCACGGCGCCGACCUGCCGCCGCUGCAGAGCCACACCAAUGCCGCGCCGGCGCCGAGCUCCGUCCCGGAAGUCAAGAGCGAGCCAGGGUGGUGCUCCGGCUCCGAGACCUCGUCGUCGGCCGACGGCGAGGUGUCCUCCACGGACUCCUCCGACGCCGUCCCGGAGAUGCAGCUUCUCGAUUUCUCCGAGGCUCCAUGGGACGAGUCCGAGAGCUUCGUUCUGCGCAAGUACCCGUCGCUCGAGAUCGACUGGGACGCCAUCCUUUCCUGAUUCAGCGCGCGGCCGGCUCUUUACAUGUCUCUCGUCUGUUCUAGUAUUCAUUGUGUACCAACAGCCCCCUGGUCUGCUUCGUUUUUGAAUGGCACUGCCAGGAAGGAUUCUUUAAAAAUUUCACUACUUUGGUUGUAUUACUAUGUCUACAUUUCAAGGCUAUUUCGUAGCUUGUGGUCCAAUAAAGAAACAAUUUGGCACUUGAAAA